AUGACAACGGGAGCAACAAGAGUUUAUAUUGGACGUCUUGCUAGAGAUGCUCGUGAACGUGAUGUUGAAAAGCUGUUUCGUGGAUAUGGUACCAUCAAAGAAAUAAAAUUAAUGAAUGGAUUUGGCUUUGUUGAAUUUCGAGACCAUCGUGAUGCUGAUGAUGUUGUUUACAGUUUUAACGGUAAAAGUUUUAUGGGUGAAAAAGGAGAACGUAGAAGACGUGAACGUGAUGAUCGUAGAGGGGACAGAGAUGACCGCAGAGAUAGGGACAGGGAUAGGGAUGAUCGUCGACGAGACGACCGUGGUGACAGAGAUCGUGGCAGGUUUGCACCACCUCAGAGAAAUCCUCACUAUCGUCUAAUUGUGGAAAAUUUGUCUUCAAGCUGUAGCUGGCAGAUUCUUCAUAUUGGACUUGGUUGUGUAUCUCUCCCUCCUAUCCCUAAUGCCCCCAAUGGCUACUUAAUUCAGCAUAAAAAUGUCAUGGUGAUUUCUACCAUACAUUUUCCUAUAUCACAAUCUCUAAACAAGACUGAGAGUAGACACCGGUUUUACAAAAUAUGGAAUCUUUUUGCUCGCCCUUAUUUCCGAUCUAUGAUUUGGGUUUCUAUUUUCUAUCUGCCUUUAUGUGUGCCUGUUGUGUUCUAUCACCAAUCAUCGUCAUUGGAUCUAUUGGCUCUUGUUUCUUCCAUUGGUUCUUCUCAUAUGGAAUAUUACAAGAGUCUAAGAGGGUCAUCAGAUCUCAAGGACCUAAUGCGAAAAGCUGGUGAAGUAACCUUUGCAGAUUGUCAUAAAGAUCGCCAUGGAGAAGGUGUGGUUGAAUUUUCUUCUUAUGAAGAUAUGAAAAAUGCAAUCAAAAAACUUGAUGACACUGAAUUAAAAGGAAAACAUAUUAUUCUUCGUGAAGCUCCGGAUAACGAUGUUGAUCGUGAGCGUCGUAGAAAUUCGCGGUCUCGUUCAAAAUCACCACACCGUCGUCGUUCUCUAUCUCAUUCCCCACCACGUCGUCGUCGUUCUUCCUCAAGAUCCAAGUCACCAGUUUCUAAUGGAAAAGAUAAUGGUUCUCGUUCCCCUUCGCCUCAUACUAGAAAUGAUGAAUCUCCUAAAAGAAGUAGUGAACCACCUCAUGAAGAAGAGGACAAGUAA